CAGGUACCAUGUAUUCAUCGCUGUUAUAUUUACCGAGGUGCUUGUGAAAUAUAUUCAAAACAUCCUCGAAUAAACAUAUAUUAAUGGAUAUUUAUCAUAAAGUCACAAAAGAGUGCCUUAUCGAGCACCAUAUGCCGAAAUUCGGUCCAUGUCUCGUGCCUCGGUUCUAAAAAAUCCUACGAACACUAAUGAACAACUCAGGUAAAUAAAUGACCUUCGGCCCCGAUUUGAGAAUAGACUCGCCCAGGUCAGACAAUUGGCGAGCGAUCCUGUGUGAGGACGGCCUAUACCGAGCAGAGAAAUCCCGUAUUUUGGAUAUUAUAUUGAGCUUUAAGAAGUAUGAACGCUGUGAGAAUUUUGGAUAUUAUCGAGAAGACUUGUGAACCGAAAAGAGGAUUUAGAAAAGUGUGUUAGCCGCUUGUUUCACAGAGUUUGGAGAUAGCGACAGACUGUCUCCUCUCGUCUAUCGUUAAGUGGGGGAAAACAGCGGAGCGUUGUUUUUAGGUAUAUUCAGUGUGUUUAUGGGUCUAGCAUCAUUCUACUGGAUUCCACGAGUGUAGUUCAUACAUACUAAAUGUUACAAGGAGAUGUAUGUGUGUGAAAUCGACAGCUCGGGAGUAACGACGAACGUAGCACAUUGAAGAGAAAUAUAUAUAUCCCUGACCUUACGGGUCAGAGUAUUGUGUACGUGUGUACAUCCGACAUUCCUGAGGCUCGUGUUGUGAUGAUCUCGAGAUUCGGAGCAAGGCACGUCGAGCGAGCAAGAUUUCACUGGUUUAUUUACAAUAUGUAACGAACAUUGUAUCGAAUAUAUAAACAUACGCAAAACAAAUGUGUAUUACGUUUAUAUUUUGUUGAUAAAAAACAUCCGGCGUUGUUUUGAAAACAAUAUUACGGCGUUAAAUAGUAUUAUUUCAGACUAUGUAACAUUUUGAGUUGUAUUGCAUUGUUGUCAGUUAUUAAGUAAUACUUUGUUCGUAUUUACUAGCAACUUACUAUAUUAUUUAUCUAAGUUUAUGUUGAGUAGACUAUUUGCAAUAUCUCAAUGUCCAGAGCGAUUCAUGAUUUAUGUUCCGAUCUAAACGGUCUGCACUCGUGAAACGUCUUUGGAAAAACAGAUUACAUAAUGAAACCUCGGGUGAGAAUGAAACCUGUUUACCAACUAGCCCUGACGGGGAUACAGAAACCAAGUGUGUAGCACAGAGCAUGUUAAAAAGACUCAAAGAAAAACAAUUGGAGAUGCUGUGCGAGAGUAUUGAAACGAAGGGUGGCGAGACGACGGGGUGUGUCCUCCUACCCAACAGUGACCUCCGGUUGGGGAAGAGGUCGGUGGCUCCCCACAUACUGUGUUGUCAGUUGUGGAGAUGGAGUGAUAUUACACCAAAUACUGAACUUAAAAGACUGCCUCACUGUGAGUCUGCGGAUGACCCGGCUUACUUAUGCUGUAACCCCUAUCACUGGAGUAUACAGCAAAAAACAGAUACACCCUAUACUAAUGGGAAUUGGUCGAAGAGCUCCAGAUUAAAGAUAACAGAAAUAGACCAAAUAGAAGAAUCUGUGAUGGGUGUUUCAACGGAAACGGGAAACACACCUACCCCACGUCGUCUGGACUUCUCAGGUGACACAACAAAUGGCAGUUCGCGAGGUCCUCACUGGUGUACUGUUGCCUACUGGGAGUUACGACAGCGAGUUGGACGCCUGUUCACUGUGUUUGACUCGUCUAUGAAUAUAUUUCAAUCACUACCUCACGGGGGAGGCCUCUCUCUCGAAGUACUUCAGCAAGGGACACAACUUGAUGCUGUGUUACGGACUAGAGAAAAAAUUGGAUUCGGACUCGUACUGAGUCGAGAAGACACGGGAGUUUGGCUGUAUAACAGAUCUGUAUUCCCUGUAUUUGUCAAUUCAUCAUGGUUUGACACCCCAAACUCACGGACGCCCGUUGUGAUAAAGUUGUUGCCGGGGCGAUCGAUAAAGAUAUUUGACUACGAUUGUGUUGAGUUUUUGAAAGGCAUGAAAGAUGCAAGGUUUGUGGACGGUCCGUAUGACCCGAGGUCCAUACGGAUCUCGUUUGCGAAAGGAUGGGGCCCCACGUAUCAUAGACAGUUUGUAACUUCAUGUCCCUGCUGGUUGGAAGUGUUACUUAAUAUAGAUCGGUGAUAUUAACUAAAAUCGUGGUUUGUGAUUCGGCAUCAUCGGUCAGUGCUAUUACUUACAUUGUUAUCAUUUUGUUGAGAUGGGGCAUUGGUAAUAAAUGAUGGUCUGGAGUUUACAAGAUUCAGACGAGCUUACAGAAAAUAAACGGAUUACAUGAUGAAACAGUUCAAGAAACGGAAAAAUAAAGAGAGAAAAGACUGCGAAGGAUGAUCUUUAACAACCUGUUUACCUGUUGCCUUGGGAACCGAUCGACUGCACACCUGUUUGUACAGGUGACACAGAGAUAUGCUGGCUAUCAAUGCUUUACCUCUAAUUCCAGUGCUACAUGUACCGAAACAUGGUUACCAUAGUAACGCCAUGUAUACAAAGGCCUUGACCUAAGGCAGGGUCAAAGUGCCAUAAUGUGUAAAAUUUACAUACAAAAAAUAUCCUUGAAUUUCGAUCACUUUCACACAUAUGUGUUACAUGAAAACAUCACUGAUAUGUCUGAUAAAGAAAUUUGAUUGAUAAUUUCUAAAGAAAAAAAUCGAAGUUCAAGGAUGUUUUCUGUUUACGUUGCCAAAGAUACGCCAUAUAUUUCAUACCACUACACAUAAACUUCAUCAUUAAACAAUCGUAAUUAAUCAUUAAUUUUGGUUGCCAUGGUUAUUAGGAAAUGAAAAAUUAUCCAAAAUAUGUUACGUUAUCAUUGAAAUAUGUUGCAAUAUUGUCAUACAAACAUUAAUAUAUAUGAAUAAUG